CCCAAUUUGGGGACACAAACAAAAUGGAUUCAGAAGCUCUGUCAUCAGUCUUUCUCUCGAGAGAAGAAAUCAUAAGGAUAUUAAGCGAAACGCCAGCGGGAUUCAUAAAGCCCACGAAUCCAGCAACGCCAAGCCUGCCGCCCUUUAAGAAACUGGGAGUUUUGGUGGAAAUUGAUGAGAUCGUGGGAGACCAGGAAAAGGCGGCCAAAAUCAGUGAUAUCCGGGAUAAGGAGCAAUCCUACAGCUGCGCGGAAUGUCGACGGAUGCUGCCCACGGCGCAUUUACUAGAUUUGCAUAUCACCGAACAGCAUGAUUUAUAUUUCGCCGCCAGCGUGGAUCGCGGCGAUAAGCCCAUGUUUUGCUGCUUCCUGGAGGAGUGCACCACCAAGUUCCAAACACCACGACAGCGCAAGGAUCAUUGUAUUAUAGUGCACAAGUUUCCGGCCAACUAUCGAUUCGAUCAGGGCAAGGAUAGGCCGAAGGAAAAGCGGCAUCCCAAAAACAAAUCCAUUUCAAUGGAGGUGGAUGAGGUGCCGACAGAAGCAAAAAGUUUCCCCUACAUCAAGGCCUUCAGUUUUGGCCACCAAACACACAGGACUUUCUACACUCGCAAGGAUCAAAGGUCGCAGGGCGAAACACUUGAGGAUGUCCAGACCCUGAAGGAUGCCAUCAACGAUAUCCUCGAUUAGAUUUACACAACUAUUUAUUUGUUUGCGAAUGAAGCAGCAUUAUCAUUAUCCUGGUACAACUACAUUAUUCUGUUAGUGGAAACAUCGAAGAUCAUUUUGCCUUGGCGCUGGGCCUGAAAAUAAAAUUCAGUUUUUAUUGUUGA